GUUCUCAGUCUCAGUCCGGAGCCGGCGGAGGGCGCAGCCCGGCUUGGCUCCCCGGAGGAUGCGGGACGCGCAGGAUGCUGCCGCGCCUGGUCCUGCCGCUGGCCGCGCUGCUCGGCCUGGGCUGCGGGGCGCAAGGGACAGGGCUGCCCAGCCCUCCAUCCGUGUGGUUCGAAGCAGAGUUUUUCCACCACAUCCUCCACUGGACGCCCAUCCAGAAUCCGUCGGAAAGCACCCGCUAUGAAGUGGAGCUGCUGAAGUAUGGGAUGGAGCCCUGGAGGUCCGUGUCCAGCUGCAGCCAGAGCCCGGUGCCGUCCUGCGACCUCACCAUGGCCACCCUGGACCUGUACCACAGCAACGGCUACCGAGCCAAAGUCCGGGCCGUGGACGGAGGCCAGCGCUCCAACUGGACUUUCACCAAGACCCGCUUCUCCAAGGACGAAGUGAGCCUGACGGUGGGCGGCUUGGAGCUGGAGAUACACGAUGGCUUCGUCCUGGGAAGGAUCCAGCUGCCCAGGCCCAAGGUGGCCCCUGCUGGCGACACCUACGAGCGCAUCUUCCCCCACUUCCGCGAGUACGAGGUCUCGAUUCGCAAGGUGCCGGCACACCAUGAGUUCACAAACAAGAAGGUGAAGCACGAGAACUUCAGCUUCCCGACCCCCGGCGAGUUUGGGGAGUUCUGUGUCAGGGUGAAGCCGGCUGUGAGCUCCCGCCUGAACAAGGGGGUCUGGUCGGAGGAGGUGUGCUUCCUGCUCGCCCAGCAGUACUUCACCGUGACCAACCUCAGCAUCUCCUUCGCCCUGGUCCUGCUGCUCUGCGGGGCCGUGGCCCUCCGCCUGUACCUGUGCCACCCGCGGAAGCUGCCCGCCGUCCUGGUCUUCGGGAGGCCCAGUCCCUUCAGCCCCGUCAGCCCCGUCAGCCAGCUCCCCCGCCCGGAGACCCGAGACACCAUCCAUGCCAUCGAUGAGCAGGCCUUCACCAAGGUGUCCCCGGAGCUGAGGAACUCCGAGCUGCAUGGCAGCACCGACAGUGGCUUCGGCAGUGCCAAGCCAUCCUUGCAGACCGAGGAGCCGCAAUUCCUCCUCCCGGACGCCCUCCCCCAGGCCGGGGGCACCCUGGGAAAGGGGGCCUCCCUGGAGCCCGAGAGCAGCUGCAGCAGUGCCAGCACCGACAGCGGCAUCUGCCUGCAGGAGCCCCGCCUGAGUCCCGGCGCAGAGCCCCGCUGGGUGCAGCAGGCGGGGGGCCAGGAGGACAGCGGCAUUGGCCUCGCCCACCACUCAGAGGAGCGGACUGGGGAUGAACGGGGUGGCUCAGGCUUGGGCCACGUCGGUCCCCUGGGGCCUGAGGCGACGGAGGGAGAAGACCCGGCUGCAGUGGAAUUUCAGGGCUACCUGAAACAGACCAGAGGCACAGAGGAGCAGGCAGUCACGGCGGGCUGCCUGGAAGAAGAGGCCUCCUCCGCUGAUGGCUUUGUCCCCCAACUCAGGAUGUGCCUGGAUGCCAAGGAAGCCUGGUCCCCACCAGCCGUGGACAAGGGCUACUUGAAACAGGACCCCCCAGAAGUGACUCUCGCUCCCUCAGGGGCCCUGGCUGGACAGUGGAACCCCGCAGCUGAGGAAUGGUCACUCCUGGGCGUGACCAGCUGUGGGGACCUGGGGACAUCUGAGUGGAGCUUUUCCCAGGAUCUCGCCCCUCUGGGCUGCGUGGCGGCCCCGGGCGGCCUCCUGGGCAGCUUCGACGCAGACCUGGUCACCCUGCCCCUGAUUUCCAGUCUGCACGCCAGUGAGUGACUCAGAAGAAGGGGCUGCCUUUGACUUCAGCCAUGCCCUGCCGGGUCUGAGGAGGGCCCAGGGCCAGAGGGGGGCAUGAUGCCAGUCUGGGCGCUGCUCUCUGCUGUGCGGGGCCCUGCAGGCUCCGGCAGAGCCUCCUCCCUCCUGGCUCUCUGCCUCUGUGACAAGGGUCAUUUGCUCAGGGAAUCGGGGUUUCCUGGAGUUGGGGUGAGGCCGCCGGGCUGAAGUCAGCUCCCAGCCAGGCCUAGCCCUGAAGCCAGCCUUGUGUCAGGGCCUCACAGCAGGGUUCAUGUCUAGGGGAAAGGAGAGAGCAGUGACCACGUGUGACUCUGAGUGGCCAGCUGGUCACCACCCUCCCUGGGAAGGUCCCGGGGAGGAGCUCCCCACCGCAGGCCUCCCAGGUCAGCCAGUCAGUCAACUCUCAUGACGGAGCCAGUGGGAGUAAAAGGAACUGAGCCCCGAAAGGGGCCUGUGGCUCCGAACCAUCCUCCGGGUGUGUCCUGUCUGCUUCCCAGCAAGGAGAGCGGCAGCUCUGGGGUCCCUGCCGUGGCCACACCCCUCCGGGCCACACCCUGACGGCAGCACUGAAACCUCGGGGAUUUGCGUUGGUCAAAUCUCAGCCCUUCAGGCAGCCGCUGGGUGUGAGCACCAGCUGGUCUGCCCCGGAGGCUGAGGUUGGCACCUGCCGGUGUUUGCCCUGACACCCAGCUGAGGACCCAGAGGACGGGGCGGGCUGCGCUCCCUGCUCUCCGUGCUCAGCUGCACAGCCUGGCCUCCCUUCUCGGGUCUGCUCGUCUGUGAGAUGAAGGGCUCUCCAUUGGAAGCUGGCCCCGAGGCGACAUCUCCAGCCGGGCCCUGGCUGGGUGGGAGGAAGCUAUCACGGCCUGUGUCUGCACAGAGCCAGCUUCUUCUCGCACGGAGAGGACCCGAGCGGACGUCCAGGCUUCAUGCCAGAGCGCAGGCACUGGGCCCGACGGGCAGGUGUGCGCCCAGCUCCCAGUGAGUCGGGAGUAUGAAUUCACAGCCGCUUACAGUCCGUGGGCAAAGAACUGGCCGGGGGGGCGGGUGGGCUGACCCCUGUCAUCCGUGGCCUGCACUCCAGGAGCAGCUGGGAAUAGACGUUCUGGCCCAGGGAGUCCAGCCAGAACCCUCCACACUGCCCGGCCGUGCUAGGCCAGCCUGGGAACAACCCCCUCGGCUGACAGGCCUGAGGGAGGACUCCUUAGGGUUCCGGGGGCGGUUUACUUAUUCCGUUGUCUUAUUUAUUGAAGAACAGCAUUGUGCAGUAAAGAAUUCUGGGUACUCCAAGAGCCUGGAAGUUCCCAUUAAGCUCCCCGUUUCUCGCUGUGUGACCUUGGGCUGGUCACGUCCUCAUCCGUUUCAUCUGUAAAACCAGAAAGCAGGGCCUGACUGGUCUCGGCCCGGGGCGUGCGGCUCUGCGGGGAAGUAGGUGUGCGGGCCUUGAACACACAGCUGUGCAAAUGAGCGAUGUCGUUUUUAUUCCAAUAAAUUGUCAGGACAAGAA